AUGCUGGCCGACAGGGCUAAGCCAGCAGUCGCAACCGGCGGCGGGGUCGCAGUGGGGCAUCGUCCUGAGCGCCGCUCGGAGCUAGACCUCAAGUGUGCCCGGCUAUGGGGUGGUGAGCUUGAGGAUCAGCCGAAGGUUAAACGGCCUCCUAGCGCUAAAACCGGGCCUCAGCGGCGGCGAGAGCAGCAGCGGUGGAGGCUACUGGCGUUUGGGCAGCCGCUUAGACCACCCCGGGCGGAGCGGAGGCGAUGGGCAUCCGGCCCCCGGGCCGCACACAUCCUGACAGCUUCUUUCCUGACAUACCCCUUGCUCAGGACCCUUAGCCUGCAGCUCCACUCAGCUGUCACCAGCAGCUAUGUCUCCGGCACUUACUCCAUCAUUUUUGUCAACUGUCCCAACGAGCAAAUUGCCAGAGACAUUGCCAGGACAAUACUGGAUAAGAAGCUGGCUGCCUUGGGGAACAUUCUGCCCAAGGCAUCCUCACUGUACUUUUGGAAUGGAGAAAUAGAAGAAGCCACUGAGAUCUUGCUGGUGAGCGAGGACGGGGUAUGGAACCGUUAUAGGAGACAACUGAGACUAAGGCUUUUUCCCAGGUUCCAAUUACAAAGUAACAGCAAUCAACUGGUUGAGAUUCUUGCCCUACAGAAGAUGCCCUCAGUUCAUUUGUGAGCUAGUGGCAGGGCCUGGUGAUCUGGAGGAAUGUUAUUUCCUAAAUGGCUAGGUGAACAAAAGCUGCAGAGCUGGGGCUGAGGUCCUGAAGCAGCCAUCAC